AUGAGUAGGCGAGCAGGGCUGCUGGCUGCUGCUCCCGUGACCUCGCCACCGGCCGCGAACAUCCCCCGGACGCCACGUAGCCGCCGCGGUCACUCGCCCGGUGUCACCAACCCCCAUCGCAUCGCAUGGCCGUUCUCCAGCAGAGAUCGACGUCCACUACGACGCCCCCAACAGGCCCCCGCACGCCACUAUGGCGAGCUCUGUCGCUUCCUUCGAUGCAGCGUCUGUCAGCUGUCUGGGAGUGCUCAGCUCAGUUCAGGUCCUGGCAUGUCGUGUUAUGUCCUGUCCUGUCCAUGUGCCCCGGACCUCGGUGCUGACAGGGCAUGGGACAUGCGGUUGAUGCGUUGUCCCAUGGAAGUCAUGAGUCGCGAUGCAUACUUAUACCGUAUGGAGCUGACAGACUAUCAGCAUAGGCAAGCCUGCUCCGUACAUUCGACCAGCCUUGUGUGGGACAUUCCCCAGGCUAGACCCCAGGACGAACCGGGCGAGUCUGAUCCAUGUCGAUCUGGAGAGAGACGGAGUGGUCCGUCGCCCGCCAUCUUACCGCUUCGAAUCACUUCCGCCCGCAGCUCAGGUUGGAUGGCCUUAACGGACUUCCAACGAGGAGCAAUAGAUGGACUGAUAUCGAGUUAUGGAUCGACCAGUGUCGAGCUAGCGACUGGACGGCGUUCUGUUCCAACUUUGCAGCAUCACCUUUGCGGACGCCUUAUUGUGCUUGCUUUGUUGUUCGGGACUCUGGUCGCCUUGUUUGGUGAUGCUGAACUGUCUUCCGAAUCGGGAAACGCACGGGCUGGCUCCUCAUCACAUGACCACUUCCCGAAGACCCCGAUAUCUCCCCGACAAAAAGCCCGUCCGCUUCGACCUGCGUACUCCGUACACGUACAGGACUCGUUUCAGAUAUCACCAUUUUUCAGAUCCGAACACCCCUGUCAACGCAAUGCAGUGCCCGAGAAUGGGACCGUUGCAACCGUUGCCUGUCAGGGAGGCGGCCAGCUACGCCAGUUUGGGAAGCUGGAAGAGGCCUUCCUGCCUGGGAAGGUACUAGCACCCCAUAGGGAGCGAGCCCGGCGCCGCGCUAAGGCUCCAGCCCGUUGGGCGGGGAUGGAGCGGCGCAUCCCUAUUUUCUGA